AUGGGCUGCACUACUAGCAAAACCAAAACGCCCGCUGCCAACGCUGCGAGUAAAGGGGCGGAUGAGUUCUACGCACUCGCGACCACUGAGCAGCACCCCGUAGCCCAAAUGUUGUUGGAGGAGUGGGUUCUAUUUGUAGAUGCACAGGCGCGCCGCAUCGCGGGUGACUCUAGUGCAGCACGCGCUUACCAGAGCCGCCUAAAAGAGGUCUGGGCGGAUACGGCCAAUCGCCCAGUCACACACCGUUCCGUCGAUUAUGUUGGCAAGAUGUUUCUCGAGUACAUCAAGGAAGACUUGUCACACCGUGGCUGGGGCGGCAACUUCGACUACAAGGUAGCUGGUGUUGUCACGCAGGGCUUCCUGAAGGCGAACGCCAACAUUGAUACGGCACUCAGCGACACUCCGGAAGAGGUGUCCUGGGAGAUCAAAAUCCACUACGAUAGUCUAGGGAUGUCGUAG